AUGGUCUGUACGGAAGCCUGCAAUGAGGGGACCAUUGCUAAAGUGGACGAGCAAGUGCUGCUGGUGCUUGCCACCUCUUUCGCGGCGUUCAGCGCGGCCAUCAACACCUUCUCGCUGGUGUUCAAGAUGGACGAGCCUGCGUACUGGUGCGUGCGCGACGACACCAACCGCACACUCUUGUGCCGGCCGGGCGCGCCGGACUGCGCUGCCCACCGCUGCCACGUACCCGUCGCCAACGGCACGCACGGCACGUGCGUCGAGUGGACGUACGACCGCAGCGUGUACGCGUCGACGGUGGUGACCGACUUCGAUUUGGUGUGCGGCCGCACGGCGCUGCGCUCGUUCACUGUCAGCUUGGCCAUGCUGUCCGGGCUGGCCGGAGCCUUCGUCUUUGGUCUGAUGGGUGACCGGUACGGACGCGCGCGCGCCUGCGCCGUCUCCACGCUGCUGUUCGCGCUGGUGGCGCCGCUGGUGGCCGCCGCGACCGACCUGGCCACCUUCCUGGUCGCCACCAGCGUCUCGGGUUUCGCGCACGUCGGCAUGUACAUCUGCUUCUUCACACUCUGCAUGGAGUCGAUCGCUGAGCGGCGCCGUGCGAUAGCCGGGAUCUUCUGGGUGCUCCCCUGGGCGCUGGGCAUCAUGGCCACGGCGCUUGUGCGCCUCCUGCUCGGCUCGUCGCGCAUGGCCACCCUGUCGCUGACCACCGCGUGGCUGUGGCUCGCCAUGGCCGUCGUGUACUACGGCAUCUCGUUCGACUCGGCGCAACUGGCGGCUGACGCCUACCUGGCCAUGUGCCUGGCCGGGCUGGUGGAGUUACCCAAGUGCACCAUAGGCGCCGGCUUCGGCGUCAUCUACGUCUACAUCGAGGAGACAAUGCCAACCGAGGUGCGCUCGGCGGCACUCGGCAUGUCGACGAUGGCCGAGGCGUUGGGCGGCGCGCUGAGUCCGCACGUGGCGUACGGCCUGGGCGCGCUGCACUGGCUGGUGCCCAGCGUCACGUUCGGAGUGCUGGCCGUGUCGGCCGGUGUGCUGGUGCUGCUCGUGAUGCCAGAGACAGCGGGGCAGCCGCUGCCGACGACCGUGGCGGAGCUACUGGGUGACCCCGUCACUGGAGGUCAGUUAGGCUGCUGGAUGUCCCAGCACCUGGAAUAG